AAUCACUCCAAUGAUAACACGUGUCCAGAAGUUCCUUCCCUUCGCUGGACUUACUUCGGUCCUUAAAAUAUCCAACCUCUUUCACCACACUUCCACGCCUGCCUUCGCCCAACGCGCCACUGCUUUCUACGGCACUGAAAUGGGAAAAGCAAGCGACAGCGGUGCGCAAGUUAGCAACCCUGCGCCGGGGUUCAAGCUGGUGGGCUUCUCCAACUUCUUGCGCACCAACCCCAUGUCCGAUCGUUUCGGAGUCAAGCGGUUCCACCAUAUCGAGUUCUGGUCCACCGACGCCACCAAUCUGGCCCGCCGCUUCUCCUGGGGUCUGGGCAUGCCCAUUGUUGCCAAGUCCGACCUCUCCACUGGAAACGUUAUCCAUGCUUCCUAUCUUACUCGCUCCGGCGACCUUAACUUCCUCUUUACCGCACCUUAUUCUCCAUCCAUCGCCGGAGAUCUAGAAAAUGCCGCAGCCACUGCUUCUAUUCCGUCCUUCGACCACUCCGCCUGCCAUGCCUUCGCCGCCUCUCACGGCCUCGGCGUCCGCGCCAUCGCCAUCGAGGUCGACGACGCUGAGGGCGCGUUCCACACCAGCGUCGCUCACGGCGCGAGGCCGAUGUCGCCUCCGGUCACGAUGGGUGGAUCCGUCGUGAUCUCCGAGGUCCAUCUCUAUGGCGACGCCGUUUUGCGCUACGUCAGCUACAAAAAUCCUAAUCCUAACGCUACUUCGGACCCUAGUUCCUGGUUCUUACCCGGAUUCGAGGCGGUGGACGAAGGAUCGUCGUUUCCAGUGGACUUCGGGCUCCGGCGGGUGGACCAUACCGUGGGUAACGUCCCGAAGCUGGCGCCGGUGGUCACGUACUUGAAGCAAUUCACUGGGUUUCACGAGUUUGCAGAGUUCACGGCGGAGGACGUGGGAACUAGCGAGAGUGGACUGAAUUCGGUGGUGCUAGCCAGCAACAAUGAGAUGGUGUUGCUGCCGUUGAAUGAGCCGGUGUUCGGAACAAAGAGAAAGAGUCAGAUACAGACGUAUUUGGAGCACAAUGAGGGGCCUGGAGUGCAGCAUUUGGCGCUGAUGAGCGACGAUAUUUUCCGUACACUGCGGGAGAUGAGGCGGCGCAGCGGGGUUGGGGGCUUCGACUUCAUGCCCUCGCCACCACCAACUUACUACCGCAAUGUGAAGAAGAGGGCUGGGGAUGUGCUGACGGAUGAUCAAAUUAAAGAGUGUGAGGAGUUGGGGAUUUUGGUGGAUAAGGAUGAUCAAGGUACCUUGCUCCAGAUUUUCACCAAGCCUUUGGGUGAUAGGCCCACAAUAUUUAUUGAGAUAAUUCAGAGAUUAGGGUGUAUGGUGAAGGAUGAUGAAGGGAAGGUAUCCCAGAAGGGUGGGUGUGGAGGGUUUGGGAAAGGCAACUUUUCAGAACUUUUCAAAUCCAUUGAAGAGUAUGAGAAGACUCUUGGAGCCAAGCGAAUCGUAGACCCUGCUCCUGUAUAAGAACAGGAACUUCUUCCUGUGUCUCCUUGAUCCAUAAUUCUCUUUGAUGAGGCAGCCGCUGAACCUGGGUUAGUUUAUUCCCAUCUGUAUUUGUUCAUCCCUAUCUAAUCAUGAAGAACAAGUGAAUAAAUAAAGUUCAGUGUUCAUCAUUCUGGGUCUAA